AAUCUUGAGUGGUAUCUCAGGCAUUCGUCAGCCAUCCCUCCCCUCGUUGUUGUGCUAUGUUGUGCUAUGUUGUACUAUGUUGUGCUACGUUGCGCUAUGUUGUACUAUGUUGUGCUAUGUUGCGCUAUGUUUUGCUAUGUUGUGCUAUGUUGUGCAAUGUUGUACUAUGUUAUGUUGCGUUGAACUAUGUUGUACUAUGUUGUGUGACAUUGCGCUAUGUUUUACUAUGUUGUGCGACGUUGCGCUAUGUUGUACUAUAUUGUGCUAUGUUGCGCUAUGUUUUGCUAUGUUGUGCUAUGUUGUGCAAUGUUGUACUAUGUUAUGUUACGUUGAACUAUGUUGUACUAUGUUGUGUGACAUUGCGCUAUGUUGUACUAUGUUGUGCGACGUUGCGCUAUGUUGUACUAUGUUAUGCUACGUUGUGCUAUGUUACGCUAUGUUUUGCUAUGCUGCGCUAUGUUGUGCUAUGUCCCGCUCUGUUCUGCUAUAUAUGUUGCGCUAUUUUGUGCCAUGUUGCGCUAUGUUCUGCUAUGUUGUUCCUUGUUGUGCUAUGUUAUGUUAUUUUGCGCUAUGCUGUGCUAUGUUGUGCUAUGUUGUCCUUGUUUUUAUAGCCUCGAAAGGCGUUUUUUCGUUGUAGAAUAUCAUAAAAGACAUUUUUCUGGCCUAUAUUGCCUAAAAAAAAAAGUUGGAAAAAUGUCAAUUUUUCGACUUUUUGAACUUCUUGUUUUUAUAGCCUAGAAAGGCGUUUUUUCGUUCUAGAAUAUCAUAAAAGACAUUUUCCUGGCCUAUACUGCCUAAAAAAAAAAGUUGGAAAAAUGGCCAAUUUUUUUGACCAAAACCAUGGGAUAACCCCUUUGGAAAAAUGUCAAUUUUUCGACUUUUUGAACUUCUUGUUUUUAUAGCCUCGAAAGGCGUUUUUUCGUUCUAGAAUAUCAUAAAAGACAUUUUCCUGGCCUAUACUGCCUAAAAAAAAAAAGUUGGAAAAAUGGCCAUUUUUUUGACCGAAACCAUGGGUUAACCCCUUUGGAAAAAUGUCAAUUUUUCGACUUUUUGAACUUCUUGUUUUUAUAGCCUAGAAAGGCGUUUUUUCGUUCUAGAAUAUCAUAAAAGACAUUUUCCUGGCCUAUACUGCCUAAAAAAAAAAAAAAAAAAAAAAAAAGUUGGAAAAAUGGCCAUUUUUUUGACCAAAACCAUGGGUUAACCCCUUUGGAAAAAUGUCAAUUUUUCGACUUUUUGAACUUCUUGUUUUUAUAGCCUAGAAAGGCGUUUUUUCGUUCUAGAAUAUCAUAAAAGACAUUUUCCUGGCCUAUACUGCCUAAAAAAAAAAAAAGUUGGAAAAAUGGCCAUUUCUGGACCAAAACGGUCAGUCAGUAUCCAAGGACGGUUACCCCCCACUCUCCCAAUUUUUUUUGCAUCUCUGAUCUGACGUGACAUCAUCUCUGACACGAGUAACAAAGGGACGGGAUGAAAGGUUUUACAUGAAGUCGUAAAAGCUUGGCGACCACGUGGUGGAUAAUUUCGGGUUGUGUCCUGGACGAUCGAGGCUUUCAAGCCAAGUUGUGUGGUGUUAAAUCCCCUUUGAAGUUAAUUGACGAAGAUGGCAAAGAGGGUAAGUAUUGAAUAGAUUUGUAAUGUUGUUGUAGCAUGGUUUGUUUAUGCGUGCAGUUGUGGGGCCAUUUAAAGGUCACGAUAUUCUGGUCCAGACAUAACUAUCCGAAGAUCAAUGCCAUCAAUGAAUAAUCGACGAGCAAUCCAUUGGUAAUCAACUGAUUAGUCACCGAUUAUUAGCUUUAAACUUAGAACUGGCAGAGAUAUAUCAUUAACUGCCUAGUUUUAAGUUGCUUUAAACCUUGAACAGUCAUUUCCUUUCACCUGGUGGACAAAAGGACCCUCUUUAUUGCUGAGAAUGUCUGGAAGUUUGUCUUCUUUGCCUUUCCUUUUUGGGAACUGAAACCUAAUAUACACAAUGUACAUGUAUGUAUUAAUAUUAUUUCAGGCAUACCGGUAGUUCCCCAGUGGUUUUCAUAAUAGCUAACCUUCUUACAUGUACACGGUACACUUGAAUUUCUACAUUGUACAUGCAUAUUAACAUAAUAGUGGGUUUUAAUAUGUGAUUACUAUUUUAGUUAUCCCAAAAAGCUGUUGCUUUGAGGAAGUCGUGGACACAUGACAUGUCUGGCGAAGAGGACGGAGAUGAAUCAGAGUAUAAUCCAGACCAGGAUGAGGAGUCAAGUAGUGAUGAAAGUAGUGACAAAUCUUCAAAUCAUGAAGUGGUGCGAGGUGAUUCAGAUGAAGAAAUUGUGGAAGAGGAAUCAGCCAAUACCAAUGUGAACAAAUCUGACCAGUCUAAAAAGGAAAAGGGUCCAAGCAAAGCGAGGAUUAAAAAGAAUGCCCAGUACCCUACUGUCAUAAGAUUGUUGUUCACCUGCCAAGGCAUUUGCUAAAAGUGCAUGAUUGGCGAAACAUCAAGCUCGUGCUGCAGUAUUGCGGUUUAAUUUAC